AUGGAGAUGCUCAACUACCCCAACCUCCAACUGUGUCGCUUUGUCCUGACUGUAGACGACGAAGACGGCUCGCUCUGGUUUGUCUUCCUCGACGGGCCUGCUCGUCUGCCCUACGACCCUCAUCAGCCAUCCAUGCUUCGAACUUACAGCGACAUCAAGUUCAAGGGUAAGAGUGAUAGUCUUGAGGAUGCCUACAAGGAUCUACUCGAGUGGACUGCUGAGAUGCUGCACCGCGACUACCGCGACGGCAAGAAGAUUCAACGCUUUCUGUCUCGCAAAAGAACGUUACUCGGAAGUACUCUCUCUUAUUGGUUCUCAUCUGCAGAUUGUUUCACGUCUUGUGUCUCAAAACAUCCUUGUUGA